UGAUGUAAAUCUAACUCUUUGUCUCUUCAGCCAAUCCAUGGAGGAUGGGUUUCAAGCAAAAGAAAGAGCCUCCUUUCAAAAAGCGAAAGGCAGAACCACCUCCAGGGGGGGCUUACGGAUCUGCUUACAAAUCUGGCUCCUCUGCAACAACUCAUUCAAAGGGAAAGCCUUCUGCUUCACCUUUGUCUUCUCCCCCUGAACUAUCUGGUGCUCCAGCAUCUCCAUUUGACAAUGCCAAUCUUUUGAAGGGCCAUAUUGCUGUGGAUGAUGUGAUACCAGCUCAAACCAUGACUAAGGCUACUAGCUCUGACAAAGAAAUUCCUAGCAAGGUGACCACAAGUUCUUCACAUGAUAAAGUAGGGCGUAAAAGGCAUGCAGGCUCUACGCCUACCUACCUGCGUAGCAUGUUGAUUUCUCUACUUAUGGAGAACCAGUCCAAGGGGAUGAGUCUUAAGGCACUGGAGAAAGCUGUUGGAGACACAUUCCCGAACUCAGCCAAGCAAAUUGAGCCCAUUAUAAAAAAGAUUGCUAUAUAUCAAGCUCCAGGAAGAUACUUCUUGAAACCAGGAGUGGAUAUAGAAAGCUUCCCGAAACCUGCCCCUGAAAGUGGAAGUUCUCCUGAAGAUCAUUGUCAGCCAUUAUCUGCCCCCGAUAAAUUUGACCAGCUACCUGCUCCAGAACCGGUCUUACCUUUAAAAACUGAUAGCAGUGAAUUGGAAGAGGGGGCAGUGAGCGAUUCUAAACCUCAAGAAGCAUAUGAUGCCAUGGAAAAAAUUGAUAUCCUCCAUCAUUCACCUGAUCGAAGUGUAGGGCUGGCUAAUAGCUCUAGCUCUAGCUCUAGUGAUAGUGAAAGUGAGAGCAGCGACAGUGGAAGCGAUAGUGGAAGUCAGAGUAGAAGCAGAAGCCCAAGUAAAAGUGUAGCCAGUGGGAGUAGCAGUGACAGUGAAAGUGAUGCUUCUUCUAAUAGUAAGGAGGCAUCUGAUGAGGAUGUUGAUAUCAUGAGCGAUGAUGACAAAGAGACAAAUCAUGAACCGCGAGCUUCUGAACAGGUUCAAUGCGGAACUUUGGAUUUUGAGCCAGGUCAAUUUAAGGUAGGUGAGAGGGACGAUCUUAAUGUUACGGAUAUUGUGGAAAUUGAGAAGGACUUGCCUCACGGCGACCAAGUAGCUGAAAUGGCUGUUAUUCCUGGCUCAGGUCCUAUGAGAGAUAAUGAAAAACCUGUAGAAGAAAUCAGACCUUUAUCGUCUGAUAGGCAUGAGGAUAAACAAAGUCAGGUCCAAAUGGGUGAGCUUCAUCAUGAAGCACACAUUGUUAGUUACCAAAAGCAUCAUAGUGAAAUUGAAAGUGUCGACAAGGAUAGCUUCAAGCAUGAGCCAUCUGGGGGUAGGAAAAGUAAAUCUAAACGAGUGCGUGAUGAAAAACGUUUAGUUGAUAAAGUUGACAAGAAUAAGAGAGUAAAAACUCAGAAUGUUAUUCAGCAUCAAAGUUCUGGUCAUAGGAACUCUAAUUUUGUGGAGAGUUCACACUUAUCUCCUGAUAAGCCUUCAGAAGGGCCUUAUAAGGGCCUUAAUAUGCAGCAGAUGGAUAGAACUUCCAGGAAGUCUGCUUCUGAACUUUUGCAGCCAGACCGGAGAUCUGUUGAUUUCACUGCAAGGGGCAAAGCUCCUACUGGUUCUGAGAGGCCAAUAAAACAAGGUGAAAGCUCAGGGCAUACCACUAAGUACACUGAAAGAAGCCUUCAAAUGAAUGAAGGGCUCCCCUCACAGAGAGACAAGGUUAGUAGAGAGUCACAAGAUGAAUACGACUUUGUUAGUGAUAAAAGGGAAAGAAAAAUUCCAAAAGAUGGUGUUGGGGACCAGCAAAGAACAUCAGUCGAUUUGAACCUCAGUAAGUAUGACAGCCCGCUGCCACGAAAUUCUCCAAAGGAUAAUAUGUGUAAUACAGGGAAAUCAUCUUUCAUGAAUGGACGUGGGCACAUGCUUCAAAGAGAGCUUUCAGACCUGGAGUUAGGAGAACUUCGGGAGCCUCCGCCACAGGAAACAGCUGGGUUAAACAAGCAGUUUGAGAGGAAAAGUUCUUUUAAAGGAGAGAAUAGACCAACAAGUUCAGAUUAUUGGAAUUUUGAGUCAACUAAAGGAAGAACUACAGAGAAGAAUGUAGCAGAGUUUAGAAGAUCAUCUCCUCUCCAGUCAAGCGCUGUGCCUUCUGGGGCUCCAAAUGGCUUUUCUAAGAGGAGGACCCCUGAACGUCAUGCUGAAGAUUUUACAAGACCUCACCAAAAGGUUUCACAACCUCAGCCUCAACAACCCCAUCCUAGAAUUAAUCAGAAUGAUAUUGGUUCCCAAUAUAAUCAACCAGUGGAAGUGCAUAAUGGUCGGCAAAUUGAAGUAGAAGGGAGAUUAGGAACUGGUCAGGAGGUCCAUGGAGACGCUCGCAAAAAAAAUUCUGCUGGUGCACGAGAACAACAUGACCUAAAACAUGGUGUACUUCCAGCAUCUGCCAAGGAGAACAAAGGGCAAAAGUCCAGUUUGGCUGCUGAGGUAAAUGAUAGGCAUAAGGAUGCUUCUUUACUGGUGAGCUCUGAAGGUCAUCAAAGGAUGGGAGAGUCUUCUCCUGAUGAGAUGAGUUCGUACUCCAAGUAUGAAAAGGAGGAAGCAGAGCUGAAGGGACCAAUAGAGAAUUUUGCCCAGUAUGAAGAAUAUGUGCAGGAGUAUAGGGAAAAAUAUGAUAGUUAUUGCUCCAUAAACAAAACAUUGGAGUCUUACAGGAAUGAGUUCAUGACACUCGGCAAGGAGCUUGAGGUAUCUAGAGGAAGGGACAAGCAAAGAUUCUAUGACAUGUUGGGACAGUUAAAAGAUUCGUAUCGUAAAUGUGGAUCAAGACAUAAAAGACUGAAGAAAAUAUUUAUUGUGCUUCAUGAGGAAUUGAAGCAUUUGAAGCAGAUGAUCAAAGACUUUGCUGUUUCAUAUGCCAGAGACCGGUAACCAGAAAGAUCGACUUCUAACUCAUUUUUGGCCUGUUAGGGAACCCGGAGUGCUCGGGGAUUAUCUCCUCUAUAAUAUGCGGUGGUUAACUCGUUUGGUGGAGGGGCCAGCAGAAAGUGCUCUGUCCCAUUUGUAGAUGAAAUGAAUGAUGGUGACACCACAAGAGUUGACAGAAAAUGUGAAGAUACAUUUGGAGCAACGCAAAUGUAAAUAGAAAUGUAGAGUGCCUUAUUUUUUUUCCUUUUUCAAUUCUUUAGCGGGGCUUGUGUCCCAGUACAUUUUUGUGUAUAUUAUUUAUGGAAGUUUUAGUGUGCCUGAUACGUACAAUAAUGACUCCUGAUUCUAGGAAUCGCCCUAAGGGCUAAUUUUCCAUAAUGUUGUCAUCAUAGUAGGCUCCUAUAAAGUGGAGAACUACCAGACGUUUUGGUUUCUUAAAAGUUUUGUUCGCCAUUUGUAGUCGCAAUGAAACACGUAGUUUGUAAUA